AAUCAACUUGCACGGUGGGAGACGCACGACUUUUCGCAAUAGGCGCCAGUAGAUAACCUUCGUGGUAGCUGGGACAGGGAGCUUCGCUUCUGCUUAGGUAGCAAACAGAAGCUAUGUAUCUGUUCGAAGCCGGUCCUAUUUAGCCUGCGUGCUGUUUUCGCUUCACCAUCCUGAACCCUUCGUAAUCGCUCGGUCACAGAGGGCCAUACCCUUGCGCGCAACAAGGGUGUAUCUAGUUAGACUCGGCAUUGCGCUCCGUCCAGCAGCCAACCUUUGCCCAACUCAGGUCGAUGUCCCGAUCGCAUUCUUCGACGAUGGCUGCCGCUGAACGGUUUCCCGGGAAGGGCUUCUCCAAAAUUCCUGUCACCCUGUCUUGUUGUUCCCCACAUCGUCGUUAGGCAGCAGGAUAACGGGAUGCCGCCAUCACCACACAUCGAGAUUCAUCACGGUGUGCUGCUGCUCAUCUAUGAUGGGAUCAGCUCAUCGCGCAUCUGCUCGGAGCUGCUACGCACCCCGGCACUGCAAUAUCAUGUCUGGAUCAACAGCAGAUGUUCUCUUGAGACGCAGGCUGGGCUAGAAGUGACCGUGGAAUAUGGAGUGGAAUCACUGCGGCCGACAUCCAGCGUACGCACAAAUGUUUACAUGUCAGCAUCAUCCAAGAGCCCCUCACAGACUUGCCCGUUCUCCGUACACCCCUUCGCGAACGAGCCGUCCAUGGGUAUUGAAUUCGCCGAAACCCCACUUCCGCCUGACUUCCGGUGGCUGCUCAGCAGGGGCAAAGUUCACUGUAACCCUCUCGACAGGCCGGCAGUGAGAAGACGACCAGGGCUGUCACGGCUGUGGAAAGUAUGUUGCCAAAAAAAUUUGGAUGGACGGGGGAAAGGGGAAAAAAAAAAGGAAGGGCAUGCAAUCUGUCGUUGCGAGGCUGAUCCAGAGUGUACCGUCGACAACGCACAGAAGAGUUGUUUCCAAUUCGGCGCAUCGGGCAGCUGCCGUGUACAAAGUUACAAACCGACACAAUCAACACACAAGAGUCAAGUGGCACCGGCACCGGCAAGGCAACACGUCUACGAAUACAGAGUACAAGUUACGAUUGAGGUCGACGCGAGACUUAGUCCUCUGCUAGGCACACCCAAUGCCACACCACCUCAUGAUCUUAAACUCCGAGCCAGCUCGGCAAUUGUUAUACUGAGGUCAUGUCUUCCACCCUCUACAUUCAAUGGACGGUAAUUCAGCCACUGAGGUAAGCAGCACAAUUCAGAGUUGGCACG